AUGCAGGACUCUUUUUAAGAGAAGGAAGCUCUAACAGAAAUUUUUGAUUUAAUAAAAGAUGUAGAUAUACAACUUUUUGGGGUCAUAUUAGAUAUAUUAAGAAAGGAAAAAGUUUAAGAUUGCAUUGGAUUUCUAUCAGAUAUUGGGAAUCAGAGACAACUAGAAUCAUAAAUUUUAUAAAAAGUAGGGAAUUCCACCCAAGCUGAUCCAGAAUCGAAAUUUUCUGUUAUUAGAAAUUACUUAAAAUAAAUUACAUAUGUCUUAAAAAAAUUAAAAGACCAUGACUUCAAUUAUAAAGAUUUUUCCUCUGAAGAAAAUGAAGAAUCUACAUUAAGUCUGAUUAAUAGCUUCAAGGAUAAUAAAUAGAUUAUAGAAUUUCUGUAAUUUUUAGUUCACCUCACAUCUAUAGAUGACACCAUAAUAUAAUGUGGGUCUAAUUCAUUACAUAUAUUAAUUUUAAUGAAAGCAGAUCUUAGACACAAAAAUUUUGAAAAAAUAAAAAUCUAAAAUACUUCUUUAGUAGGAGCUAAUUUUGUUAAGUGUAAUAUUAGUGAAUCCUAAUUUAAUAAUGUCAACAUAAGUGGAAUAAAUUUAAAUGGGGCAUUAUUAUUUAAUUGUAAAUGGAAAGAUUUAAAAAUCACGGAAUUAAAUAAACUUAAUGGUCAUACCAGUUCAAUCAAAUCAAUUUGUUUUUCUCCUGAUGGAAAAACAUUAGCUUCUAGUAAUAAGGAUUAGUCUAUCCGUCUUUGGGAUGUCAAAACAGGAUAAUAGAAAGCCAUGUUAGAUUGUCAUAGUGACAGAGUAUUGUCUGUCUGUUUUUCUCCUGAUGGAAAUACAUUAGCAUUUGGGGUUAGAGAUUGCUCUGUUAGACUUUGGGAUGUGAAGACUAAAAAAAAAUGUGCCAAAUUAAUUGGUCAUAAAAAUUGGGUCGACUCAAUUUGUUUCUCUCCUGAUGGAAAUACAUUAGCAACUGGUAGUUAUGAUAAAUCUGUCCGUUUAUGGGAUAUCAAAACAGGAUAAUAAAAAGCUUAAUUUAAUAAUCAUACAUUGAGGGUAAACUCAGUCUGUUUCUCUCCUGAUGGAAAGACAUUAGCAUCUGGUAGUGAUGAUAUGUCUAUCCGUCUUUGGGAUGUCAAAACAGGAUAAUAAAAAGCCAAAUUAGAUGGUCACAGUGAUUGUGUUAGAUCUGUCUGUUUCUCUCCUGAUGGAAAGACAUUAGCUUCUGGUAGUAAUGAUAAGUCUAUCCGUUUAUGGGAUAUCAAAACAGGAUAAUAAAAAGCCAAAUUUAAUGGUCAUAGUAGUUUUGUUAGAUCUGUCUGUUUCUCUUCUGACGGAAGGAUAUUGAUAUCUGGUAGUAAAGACAACUCUAUUCGUGAAUGGGAUGUCAAUACAGGGUAUUAAAAAGCCAAAUUAGAUUGUCAUAAAGAUACUGUUAAAUCUGUCUGUUUCUCACCUGAUGGAAAUACAUUAGCUUAUGGUAGUUAAGAUAACUCUAUUUGUCUAUGGGAUGUCAAAAGAGAAUAAUAGAAAGCCAAAUUAGAUGGUCAUAUUAGGAGUGUCUACUCAGUCUGUUUCUCACCUGAUGGAAAUACAUUAACUUCUGGUAGUGAUGAUGGCACUAUCCGUCUAUGGGAUGUCAAAACUGGAUAAUAAAAAGCAAAAUUCUAUAGUCAUACUAGCACGGUUAACUCAGUCUGUUUCUCUCCAGAUGGAAAUACAUUAACUUCUGGUAGUGAUGAUGGCACUAUCUAUCUAUGGGAUGUCAAAACUGGACAAUAAAAAACCAAAUUAAAUGGUCAUACUAGUGCAAUUAUGUCAGUCUGUUUCUCAUCUGAUGGAAAUACAUUUGCUUCUAGUAGUCAGGAUAAGUCUAUCCGUCUAUGGGAUGUCAAAACAGGUUAAUAAAAAGCCAAAUUAGAUGGUCAUACUAAUUGGGUCUACUCAGUUUGUUUCUCCCCUGAUGGACAUAUGUUAGCUUCUGGUAGUAAUGAUAACUCUAUCCGUCUUUGGGAUGUCAAUACAGGAUAAUAAAAAGCAAAAUUGUAUAUUCAUACUAGCACUGUUAACUCAGUCUGUUUCUCUCCAGAUGGAAAUACAUUAGCUUCUGGUAGUGGUGAUAAGUCAAUUCGUCUAUGGAAUGUCAAAACAGGUUAAUAGAAAGCCAUAUUGGAUAGUCAUGAUGAUUGUAUCAACUCAGUUUGUUUCUCUCCUGAUGGAAAUACAUUAGCUUCUGGUAGUGAUGAUAGCUCCAUCCGUCUAUGGGAUGUCAAAACUGGAUAAUAAAAAACCAAAUUAAAUGGUCAUAGUGGAGCUGUCUACUCAGUUUGUUUCUCCCCUGAUGGAAAUACAUUAGCUUCUGGUAGUGAUGAUAGCUCUAUCCGUCUAUGCGAUGUCAAAGCUGGAUAAUAAAAAGCCAAAUUAGAUGGUCAUACUCAUUAUGUAAUGUCAGUCUGUUUUUCUCCUGAUGGAAAUAUAUUAGCAUCUGAUAAUGAUGAUAAAUCUAUCCGACUUUGGGAUAUUAAAACAGGAUAAGAAAUUCAAUCCUCCGAUAAAAAUUACAAAGAUAUUUUUAUAUAAUUUAAGAUUCCACUCCAAUACAAUAGUCCUAUUUUAGAAGGUAGUUUUUAAGUUUUUCAUAUUUUUAGUUUCCAAUUACAUUACCACACUUCUUAUUUCCCAAAAGGCAAUAUUCUAAUCUAAAGGAGCUUUAAUACUGAAAGGAGAAUUUUUUAAUCAAUCAGGUAUUGAUUUAAAGACAUUAUUUGAACAGAAAGGAAGUCGCAUUAUAGAACGAUUUUAGUAAUAGUGAAUUUGAUAAUUUAUCUACAGCAAUACAAUUAUAUUUACAAUCAAUAUCUAAUAUUUUUAAUUAUGUCUUUUUAAGAUCAACUCUUGAUCUUCAUUUCUUAAGAUAAAUCUGUACAUAUUUAAGUAAUUAUUCUAUUUUUAUUAAAUAUAUACUUUAUUUAUAUAAAUAUUAUUAAAAUAUAUGGUCAGCUUANUAAUAAAAAGCCAAAUUAGAUGGUCAUACUAAUUGGGUCUACUCAGUUUGUUUCUCCCCUGAUGGACAUAUGUUAGCUUCUGGUAGUAAUGAUAACUCUAUCCGUCUUUGGGAUGUCAAUACAGGAUAAUAAAAAGCAAAAUUGUAUAUUCAUACUAGCACUGUUAACUCAGUCUGUUUCUCUCCAGAUGGAAAUACAUUAGCUUCUGGUAGUGGUGAUAAGUCAAUUCGUCUAUGGAAUGUCAAAACAGGUUAAUAGAAAGCCAUAUUGGAUAGUCAUGAUGAUUGUAUCAACUCAGUUUGUUUCUCUCCUGAUGGAAAUACAUUAGCUUCUGGUAGUGAUGAUAGCUCCAUCCGUCUAUGGGAUGUCAAAACUGGAUAAUAAAAAACCAAAUUAAAUGGUCAUAGUGGAGCUGUCUACUCAGUUUGUUUCUCCCCUGAUGGAAAUACAUUAGCUUCUGGUAGUGAUGAUAGCUCUAUCCGUCUAUGCGAUGUCAAAGCUGGAUAAUAAAAAGCCAAAUUAGAUGGUCAUACUCAUUAUGUAAUGUCAGUCUGUUUUUCUCCUGAUGGAAAUAUAUUAGCAUCUGAUAAUGAUGAUAAAUCUAUCCGACUUUGGGAUAUUAAAACAGGAUAAGAAAUUCAAUCCUCCGAUAAAAAUUACAAAGAUAUUUUUAUAUAAUUUAAGAUUCCACUCCAAUACAAUAGUCCUAUUUUAGAAGGUAGUUUUUAAGUUUUUCAUAUUUUUAGUUUCCAAUUACAUUACCACACUUCUUAUUUCCCAAAAGGCAAUAUUCUAAUCUAAAGGAGCUUUAAUACUGAAAGGAGAAUUUUUUAAUCAAUCAGGUAUUGAUUUAAAGACAUUAUUUGAACAGAAAGGAAGUCGCAUUAUAGAACGAUUUUAGUAAUAGUGA